AUGGACAAAAUUCGUCUGCUGCAAGAAGAUCUCGAAUCCGAACGUGAACUUCGAAAUAGAAUCGAACGAGAAAGGGCUGACCUUAGCGUACAACUGAUAGCAUUGACGGAUAGACUUGAAGAUGCGGAAGGUACUACUGAUAGCCAGAUUGAAUCAAACCGUAAACGUGAAGCGGAAUUGCAAAAAUUACGAAAACUAUUGGAAGAAUCACAAUUAGAAAAUGAAGAUGCAAUGAAUGUUUUACGUAAGAAACAUCAGGACGCAUGUCUCGAUUAUACCGAACAAAUCGAGCAAUUACAAAAGAAAAAUUCAAAGAUUGACCGUGAACGUCAACGUCUGCAACAUGAAGUAAUUGAGCUGACAGCGACAAUUGAUCAACUUCAAAAGGAUAAGCAUUUGGCGGAAAAAGCAGCGGAACGUUUUGAAGCACAAACUAUCGAAUUGGGUAAUAAAGUGGAAGAUUUAAAUCGACAUGUUAACGAUUUAGCUCAACAACGUCAACGUUUACAAGCUGAAAAUAAUGAUCUUCUCAAAGAGAUUCACGAUCAAAAAGUACAAUUGGAUAAUUUGCAACACGUCAAAUAUCAACUUGCGCAACAACUUGAAGAAGCACGUCGACGCUUGGAAGACGCUGAACGUGAGCGCUCUCAACUUCAAGCACAACUUCAUCAAGUACAAUUGGAAUUGGAUUCUGUACGUACGGCAUUGGAUGAAGAAUCAGCAGCUCGUGCAGAAGCUGAACAUAAACUUGCCCUGGCAAAUACCGAGAUUACCCAAUGGAAGAGUAAAUUUGAUGCUGAAGUGGCUCUUCAUCAUGAAGAGGUUGAAGAUUUGCGAAAGAAAAUGCUCCAAAAACAAGCUGAAUAUGAAGAACAAAUUGAAAUAAUGCUACAAAAAAUUUCACAACUUGAAAAAGCCAAAUCGCGUUUGCAAAGUGAAGUUGAAGUGCUCAUUGUUGAUUUGGAAAAAGCGCAAAAUACAAUUGCAAUCCUUGAACGAGCUAAAGAACAACUUGAGAAAACUGUCAACGAACUUAAAGUACGUAUCGAUGAACUUACCGUUGAGCUUGAAGCAGCACAACGAGAAGCUCGUGCUGCGUUGGCAGAAUUGCAGAAGAUGAAGAAUUUGUACGAAAAGGCGGUGGAGCAGAAAGAAGCAUUAGCUCGAGAAAAUAAGAAAUUGCAAGAUGAUUUGCAUGAAGCUAAAGAAGCACUUGCUGAUGCAAAUCGUAAGUUGCAUGAACUUGAUCUUGAGAAUGCUCGAUUAGCUGGUGAAAUUCGUGAAUUGCAAACAGCUCUGAAGGAAUCUGAGGCAGCUCGACGUGACGCUGAGAAUCGUGCGCAACGUGCACUUGCUGAACUACAACAACUUCGAAUUGAAAUGGAACGUCGUUUGCAAGAGAAGGAGGAAGAAAUGGAAGCACUUCGUAAGAAUAUGCAGUUUGAAAUUGAUCGCUUAACAGCUGCAUUAGCUGAUGCUGAAGCACGUAUGAAGGCAGAAAUUUCACGUUUGAAGAAAAAGUAUCAAGCAGAAAUUGCCGAACUUGAAAUGACCGUUGAUAAUUUGAAUCGAGCAAAUAUUGAAGCACAAAAGACGAUUAAAAAACAGAGUGAACAGCUGAAAGUGCUGCAAGCAUCACUCGAAGAUACUCAACGUCAGUUGCAACAAACGCUUGAUCAGUAUGCUUUGGCUCAACGUAAGGUAUCUGCACUAAGUGCUGAAUUGGAAGAAUGCAAGGUUGCACUUGACAAUGCAAUUCGUGCUCGUAAACAAGCUGAAAUUGAUCUUGAAGAAGCUAAUGCUCGAAUUACUGAUUUGGUGUCGGUUAACAAUAAUUUAACAGCAAUUAAAAAUAAAUUGGAAACUGAAUUAUCCACGGCACAAGCUGAUUUGGAUGAAGCAACCAAAGAAUUACAUGCCGCUGAUGAGCGGGCUAAUCGUGCUUUGGCUGAUGCAGCUCGAGCUGUUGAGCAGCUUCAUGAGGAACAGGAACAUUCCAUGAAAAUUGAUGCUCUCAGGAAAUCAUUGGAAGAGCAGGUGAAACAAUUGCAAGUGCAAAUUCAGGAAGCAGAAGCUGCGGCUUUAUUGGGCGGUAAACGUGUAAUUGCUAAACUUGAAACACGUAUUCGUGAUUUGGAAACUGCUUUGGAUGAAGAAACACGUCGACAUAAGGAAACGCAAAGUGCGCUUAGAAAGAAGGACCGACGCAUCAAAGAGGUGCAAAUGCAGGUUGACGAAGAGCAUAAAAUGUUUGUGAUGGCGCAAGACACUGCUGAUAGGCUUCUUGAAAAACUUAACAUUCAGAAGAGGCAACUUGGAGAAGCUGAAUCUCUAACGAUGGCUAAUCUUCAACGAGUACGUCGAUAUCAACGUGAAUUGGAAGAUGCUGAAGGUCGUGCUGAUCAAGCUGAAAGCUCACUACAUCUUAUUCGUGCAAAACAUCGUUCAUCAGUUGUUACCGGAAAAAAUGCUUCAGCAUCGAAAAUUUAUGUUCUCGAGGAUGAGCAGUAG